UUCUUGCAAAAAAAAAAAAAAACCGGAAAAGAAAAAGGAAACCCCACCAAGAAAAUAUUCUUUCCUUUUGCCCCUUUCUCGAACAUAAAAAGCCCACCUUUUGACAAACCCAUUUGUCAAUUUGUCCUUCUCUUAACAUUUUCAUUUAUAUCGUUGUUUUUCUGAAGUUCUCGAAGAGGAAAACGAAAAAUGGCGACCCUGGGUGAUAUUGGGGUGUCAGCUUUAAUCAACAUACUGAGUGCUUUUGCGUUCUUGCUUGCAUUUGCGCUGCUGAGGAUUCAGCCAAUAAAUGACAGAGUUUAUUUUCCUAAAUGGUAUUUGGCUGGAAAAAGGAGCAGCCCUAGGGACAGUGGUGGUGGUUUUGUGGGCAAAUUUGUGAAUUUGAAUUUCAGGACUUAUUUGAGUUUUCUCAACUGGAUGCCUCAGGCUCUGAAGAUGAGCGAGCCUGAGAUUAUUGGUCAUGCUGGGCUUGAUUCUGCAGUUUUCUUGAGGAUUUACAUACUUGGAUUAAAAAUAUUUCUACCAAUAGCCAUUGUAGCCUUCAUUGUUCUGAUUCCGGUAAAUUUUUCUGGUGGCACAUUAUCUUUCUUGCGGCGCGACUUGGUCGUCAGCAACAUUGACAAACUCUCGAUAUCAAAUGUUCACUCCAAGUCGUAUAAGUUUUUUGUCCACAUAUCAAUGGAGUACUUGUUCACAUUCUGGGCGUGUUACAUGCUUUAUAAGGAAUAUGAUAGAGUUGCAUCAAUGAGACUGAACUUUUUGGCUUCACAAGGCAGACGCCCUGAACAAUUCACGGUUCUCGUUAGGAAUGUGCCACGUAAUUCAGGACACUCAAUAUCAGAUAGUGUCGAAAGCUUCUUUCAGAAAAACCAUCCAGAGCACUAUCUGUGCCACCAGCCUGUAUACAAAGCUAAAAAGUUUGCCAAACUGGUUAGAAAAAGAGAAAAGCUCCAAAAUCGGCUGGAUUACAACCAGCUUAAGUUCGAGAGGAAUCCAAACAAAAAGCCCACAAGAAAGAAAGGAUUUCUUGGACUGUGGGGUGAAAGAGUUGAUUCGAUUGACUUCUACAAAGAGCGGAUUAAAGACAUUGAUAAAAGGUUGACAAUGGAGCGCGAAAAAGCCAUGAAAGACCCAAAAUACAUAAUGCCAGCUGCCUUUGUCUCAUUCGACUCGAGAUGGGGAGCUGCUGUCUGUGCUCAGACACAACAGAGCAAAAAUCCCACGCUUUGGCUCACAAAUUGGGCACCUGAGCCUCGUGAUGUGUACUGGAAGAAUCUCUCGAUACCUUUUGUCUCGCUUAGCAUUCGGAAGCUCGUGAUAUCAGUAUUAAUGUUUCUAUUGGUCUUCUUUUACAUGAUACCUAUUGCUUUUGUCCAAUCUUUGGCAAAUCUUGAAGGAUUAGGAAAGGUGGCUCCUUUUCUCAGACCUCUUAUUGAAUGGGAGGUUGUGAAGUCAUUGCUGCAGGGCUUUCUUCCGGGUCUGGCACUCAAAAUCUUUUUGUUUGUUCUUCCUUCAAUUUUAAUGAUCAUGUCGAAAAUCGAGGGGCACGUGGCAAGAUCAGUUUUAGAACAGAAAACGGCUGCGAAAUAUUACUAUUUCAUGCUAGUGAACGUUUUCUUAGGGAGCAUAGCUGCCGGGACAGCUUUCCAGCAACUUCAUGCUUUUCUUCACCAAUCUCCUACACAGAUCCCAAGGAACAUCGGUGUAUCUAUACCAAUGAAAGCAACAUUCUUUAUCACAUACAUAAUGAUUGACGGGUGGGCUGGAAUAGCUAGCGAAAUCUUACGAUUGAAGCCUUUGGUGAUUUUCCACCUGAAGAACAUGUUCAUAGUUAAAACCGAACGAGAUUUGGAGAGGGCAAUGGACCCCAAGAGUGUCGAUUUUCCCGAAACUCUACCAUCCCUUCAGUUGUACUUCCUUCUUGGCUUGGUGUACAUGGCUGUUACACCGAUUCUUCUCCCUUUUAUAUUGGUUUUCUUCGCCUUUGCCUACUUUGUGUACCGUCAUCAGAAAUACGAAAGUGCCGGGGCAUUUUGGCCGCACGUUCAUAACCGCAUCAUAGCAAGCUUGCUGAUAUCACAGCUGCUAUUAAUGGGCCUAUUGAGCACGAAAAAGGCCACGAAUUCAACUCCUCUGCUAGUCGUUUUACCCAUACUUACUUUGACCUUCCACAGGUACUGCAAGCAUAGGUUCGAGCCAGCUUUCAGAAAAUACCCUCUCGAGGAAGCCAUGAGUAAAGACAUGCAAGAUCGAGCUUCCGAAUCCGAGACAGCCAACUUCAAAUCUUACUUGGCAGAUGCAUAUUUGCACCCGAUUUUCCACUCUUUUGAAGGAACCAACUUAUCCGAAGUUCGGGUGGAUAAAAAUCGGGCUGAUAGUUCUAAUCCUUUGCCAAACAUGUAUCGUUGUCAUAAAGACGAGACAUCCUAUCGAAACAUGUAUAAGCAUGAUGUUGAAUCUCAGCAAAACUACUAGCAAUAUUUGUUGUUAAUUUUUAUUUGGAUUUGGUUGUGUAAAGUUUUAAUCCUCAGCAUAAAUCAGUAACUUUUUAGGUUUGGGUUAUGUUCUGUUACCUGAUGUAAAUUUUCAAAUGUUGGGUAGUUUAUUUAUUUUUCUAA